AUGUCAACUACAGGGACAGAGGUUAUCUUGCCAACAGAGAGAGACCAGGCGGCGGUGGUAGAUGGUGUGGACAAGCUUGCUCCUGCGCACGCAAAUGAGGAGAAAGCGAGUAAAGAUGUGCCAGAAGAGAAGAUCAAGAAUUUGAACGCUUCCGAAAUCGAAAGAACGGCUGUGGAUGCGUCUUAUGUGGGCUGGAAACAGAUUGGAGGUUGGGAAGAAAAGGAUCAGUUGACCUUGGAAGAUGAGCUCCUGGACGUCAACAGCGAAACUUUUCUUGACAACUUAAUUCCCGAUAAGCUUUACGGUGACUGGUAUCAUGCAGCUGCUGUUUUUUUUGUGGGUGGGACAUUGUCCUUCCUUGUCGGGAAACUGAGAUUGUCGCUAGCUCCUGUUUUCUUCAUCAUCUUGUCUAUGAGUUUCCUGUACAGAGCGACGAUUAAGCGCUAUAGAGCCACCAUCAGGGAUCAGGUUCAGAAAGAGUUCACAGUCCAAAAAGUUGAGGGAGAUCUAGAGUCGAUGGAGUGGCUUAACAGUUUUCUCGACAAGUAUUGGACUCUCUUGGAACCAGAGAUCUCGCAAAUGGUAGUGCAGCAAGCUAAUGAGAUUUUGGCUACAAAUCCUUCAGUUCCUAGUUUUGUUAAAGCACUGUGGAUUGAUCAAUUCACAUUAGGUGUAAAGCCGUUCAGAAUUGAUCUUGUCAAGACUUACCAAAACACUGAUUCUGACGUGGUAGUGAUGGAUUGGGGUAUUUCUUUCACACCGCAUGAUUUAUCGGAUCUGAACUCUAAACAGUUGAAAAAUUACGUGAAUCAAAAAACGACUGUGAAUGCUAAAGUAUUUGGACUGCCACUUUCUGUCACAGUGUCGGACGUCGCAUUUAAAGCAAGGCUCAAAGUGAGAUUUAAGCUAAUGACUCCUUUUCCACAUAUAGAGACGGUCAACAUACAACUAUUGGAUGUUCCUGAUGUUGACUUCGUAGCAAAGUUAUUAGGUGAAACCGUUUUCAACUGGGAAAUCAUGAAUAUUCCUGGCCUUUACCCAUUGAUUAGAGAACUAGGGAGGAAGUAUAUGGCACCUAUCUUUAUGCCACCAUUCUCUCUACAAUUGAAUGUUCCGCAAUUGCUUUCCGGCUCAGCUGUAUCAAUCGGUAUUCUGGAAGUAACCGUUAAGGACGCGGUAGAUAUUAAGCGGGCUCUCAACAUUUUGAACAAGUCUGUUGACCCAUAUCUUUCUUUCGAAUUCAACGGCGUGUCCGUUGGUAAGACCAGAACUGUUCGAGAUUCUUUGAACCCUGUUUGGAACGAAACUUUUUUCUUGUUACUGAAUUCAUUCACUGAACCACUUUCGAUUGUACUGUACGACAGGCGUGAGAAAGUAAAGGACAAAGUGCUCGGAAGAAUAGAAUAUAAUUUGAGUACUUUGCACGAUGAAAAAACUCAGGUUAACCUAAGCUCUCGAUUCCUAAGAAACUCAAAACCUGUUGGAGAUUUGAACUUUAACCUUAAGUUCCAUCCAACUUUGGAACCCAAGCAGUUACCAGAUGGCACUGUUCAGGAAGUCCCAGAUUUGAAUGUUGGUAUAAGCAAAAUCUGUAUUGAAGAGGCCAAAGAACUCGAAGAACCGGGCUUAAAAGUCUCUACAUAUGUGGAGCUUUACUUCAAUGCGAAAUUGGUAUUGACUACCGGGACAUUGAAAAAUACGGAAAAUCCAGUAUGGAAUCAAGAAUACGAAGCCGCAAUUACCGAUCGUCGCAAAACCAGAGCUAAAAUUGUCAUUAAGAAUGCCAAAGGCGAGAUCAUUGGUAGUACAGUUCAGUCAUUAAAUGACUUAAUCGACAGAACGGAGGUUGACAAAUUGUGGGUUCCCCUUCAAAAUGGCAAAGGUCAAAUAAAGAUUUCUACAUUCUGGAAACCAGUCGAGUUGGACCUGGGUGCUAAUGCCGUAGCAUAUACUCCUCCAAUUGGUGCCAUCAGAGUUUUCGUCAGUAAAGCUGAGGGUCUCAAAAACUUGGAGAAGUUUGGAAAGAUUGAUCCUUACGCCAGAGUUCUAGUUAAUGGUGUUGCUAGGGGCCGUACUGAUGUUCGUGAGUCAACUUUGAAUCCCGUUUGGAAUCAAGGUAUUUAUGUUGCUGUCUCUUCGCCCAAUCAAAGGAUAACAUUAGAGUGUAUGGAUGUUGAGACAAUGGGCGCAGACCGCUCCUUGGGUAAGGUCGACAUCAACGUCUCUGACUUGUUCCAAAAGGGUGACGAUGAUAAAUACGUUGAAAACAUCGAUGAGGAACCAAAAAUUAGUCGUUUGGUGAGCAAGAAGAAGGCAAAAGGUACUGUUACUUAUUACGUUUCAUUCUACCCAACUAUCCCAGUUCUGAGCUUGGAAGAAAUUCAAGAAGUUGACGAAAUCAAUGAGCAUAAAAGGAAACUGCACACUAGGGCUACGGAGAAUGAUGAAAAGUCUCUUUCUAAAAUAGCUCAAAAGAAGAUUAUGGAAGAAGAGUCUCAGAUCAAAGAAAUGGAAGAUCUGUUUAGUAACAAAAUGAAGUUAGAUCUCGACGAACUGUUGCAAUACAAGAGUGGUGUAUUGGCAUUCUCUAUUUUGAGUGGUGAACUUCCUCAGUCUAAUUGUUGUGUUCAAUCCUUUUUUGACUCUAACGGCUACGCGCGUUAUGUUACGCAGCAGCACCCAGGAAGGUCAAUAAGGAAUGGUUCUACGGGCGAUGUCAUCAUCAAGGAACUAGAGUGGUCCAUCACUACCUUUAGAGUUGCCACUAAAGCGGAUAAAAGCAAAGCUGAAGAUUGUUUAGCCGAAGUCACCCUCCCAACCAUCGAGUUAGUAAAAAACUGUUACUACAAACCCUCGAUUUUAAAUUUGUCGGGUAAUAAUAGCUGCAAAUUGUUGGUUCAAAUAAGUUGGUUUCCAAUUGGCGCAACAAAAUUGCCCCAGGCGGACUUGAUUACUAACACGGGUGACUUGACCAUUAACGUAGUAAGCGCCAACAAUCUCAUUUCUGCCGACAGAAAUGGAAAGUCUGAUCCGUUUGUCAAAUUCUACAUGGAUAACAACGAAAACUCCUUCUUUAAGACUCAUCACAAAAAGAAGACUUUAGACCCAACUUGGAACGAGAAGUGUGAAGUUCAAAUCAACAACCGUGUCAAUAAUUAUCUCAGAAUUCGCAUGAUGGAUUGGGAUGCUGGUAACAAAGACGAUUUGAUCGGAACCGCCAUCUUGCCUUUAGCCAACGUGGACCCCGAAAACCCGAGCGACAUAGAUGUGCCACUGACCGGUCCAGACGGGGAAGAUGGGGGAGUGCUACACUUGAAUUUCAGUUUCAACCCAAGGCAUGUUCUAUCUGUACAAAAGCAGGAGAAGAAGGUCACUGACUUGGCAUCCAAGGGGCUCUCUUCCGGUCUACAUGCCGGUACUUCCGUAAUUGGUGGAGGGUUAGGUGCUGUAGGAAAAAUCAAGAAAGGUAUUUUUGGUGGUGACAAAAAGGACAAUAAAGAAAAUGCUAAAUGA